GUUCAAACUGUUUGUCUGCAGUCUGACUUAUAUCUUGUCUAUUCGUGAAUAUCUUCGUCCCACCUUUGUUCCAUUUUGUUCUCGUGUUUUUAUUUUAUUUUAAUACAACGAAAGCCAAACAUUUUCAGCCGACGUUAAGGCGUAGGCAAGGAAGCAUCGAGCGUGAUGUGAGGGCUCGAUACGAGCGUGCUUCCAUGUCUGAUACACAGGCGAGGGGCCAGCAGGCCAUGUUAGAUUCCAGACGUCCGUUCUUCUACCCAGACAGCAGUAGUGAUACAGAGGAGUAUAGAAGGGACAGCGAAGAGCGUCGCAAGAGAUUAUCUAGACGCAACAUUUCUAACGUACGUAGACCAAAUAUGAUGUCGAAAACUCAGUCUCCUAAUGCACCUAUACCAUCCACUUCCAGUCAAGAACCGAAGAUAGACAAGAAGAAUCCCAUCGGUGAAGACAGAAUAACUUUAGUAGUUGAUAAUACUAGAUUUGUUGUUGAUCCUGCUCAAUUCACUGCACAUCCAAAUACAAUGCUUGGAAGAAUGUUUAGUUCAGGCAUAGACUUCACACAUACCAAUGAGCGUGGAGAAUAUGAAGUGGCUGAGGGCAUCUCGGCCACAGUGUUCAGAGCAAUUCUAGAGUACUAUAGAGGUGGCACUAUCCGCUGCCCUCCAACAGUCUCUGUGCAAGAGCUAAGGGAGGCUUGUGAUUAUCUCCUGGUGCCUUUUGAUGCCAAUACUGUGAGGUGUCAGAAUCUCAGAGGCCUUCUUCAUGAACUAUCAAAUGAAGGAGCUCGCCGUCAAUUUGAGACAUUCCUGGAGCGUCUUAUUCUACCACUGAUGGUGGAAUCUGCUCAGCGUGGUGACAGAGAGUGCCAUGUAGUAGUGCUAUUGGAUGAUGACUCCGUGGAAUGGGAUGAGGAGUAUCCUCCCCAAAUGGGAGAUGAGUACAGUCAAACAGUACUUUCCACUCCAUUGUACCGAUUCUUUAAGUAUAUUGAAAAUAGAGACGUCGCGAAACAAGUAAUGAAAGAGCGCGGUCUUAAGAAAAUCCGUUUAGGCGUCGAAGGCUACCCUACUUACAAGGAGAAAGUCCGCAAAAGGCCGGGAGGCCGCGCUGAAGUGAUAUACAACUAUGUGCAGCGGCCCUUUAUUCACAUGUCCUGGGAGAAGGAGGAAGCUAAAAGCCGACAUGUGGACUUCCAAUGUUUUAAAUCGAAAUCCGUCACUAAUUUGGCUGAAGCUACUGCAGAUCCUGUUACCGAAUUGGAGCCGGUCAGGGCCCGUGAAGAGGUGGAGGCACCGGAGAACCCCGAAGAGCAGCCGGAGGAGCAGUGACUAUCAGUCCCGAAGGCCGUACAACUCGUGAUGGCCAUGUUUUGUUGGUUUAUAUAAUCCUAUGGCCAUUUUAAUGUGCAAUGGCCGUAUCGAUUGUCUAGAUUGAUACCAUUCUGUCAGGAGGUCUUUUAUCAUUUCACAGAAAGAAAUGUGGAAACGUUUUGAGACAAUGUUGGUGAAAGUUGUUGUUUUAUGAAACCGCUCAACACCAAGAUUUUAUAUCUUCAAUUUGUAUGCGAUGAAGAAUGUCUACAGAAAAUGUUAUGUAAUAGUUAAAGUAUGGUUACAACAUAUAGCAAGGAUAUGGGAAUUAAUAGUUUAAAUGUAUGAUAUAUCAAUAAAUUUUGAAGCGCUUAAACCGAUGGGUCUGAAGUUGUUUUUAUUCGACAAUAUGUUGGAAUAAUUCAGACUCAAUUGGAGAAUUCGUGGAAAGAAAUGUCUAAAUCGUCCAAGUUAUAUGUAAACUUUCCAAAAUACUGUAUAAUUAAAUCACUGUUGGAUUCGCGUUCACCUUAACUGUUCACCUAUUUAACUAUAUAUGCUAAACGCUAUAAAUAUUGUAUUUUAUGCGCAAAAAAUUGUCAAUUUUAAAACAAAUUGUCGCGUUUUUUGCCGAUUUGCUAAACUUUUAUAACGGUUCUUUUUUAAUAAAUUGGUAAUAAAA